UGAAUUCAUAACUUAAUCUAAAGCAAAUAUUAUUCGGUGUUGUACCUAGGUUGACCUUCACGCACCAGUCAUUUGAAUUCAUUUGGAUGGAUGGUGAUCCUGACGUCGUUGUCCUGAAUAAUGUUGUAUGCAUGUUAAUUGUUUAGAAAUAAUAGUCACUUCUUAGACAUACCGCUUAUCAGAACUUUCUGCAGAAGAGAAAUUCAGAAUAGAACAUUUAAAAUAUCAUGAGAAACACAGAGGUCAUGAAAAAAUGCAUCUUGAGAUGUUUCUGGUGGCAGUGUUCAGUCUGUUGGUUUGUCAGAUGGGACUUAUGUUUUGGAAACAGCGUCACUUUCGAUCCUACCAACUCGUAACACUCAUUGCCAUGUGGUUAGUGCCAUUUAUAUACAGCAUAUUCGCGGACUUUUCAAGAUUUGUUGUUAUUUGGGUUCUGUUUUCAUUAACCACAGGGGCAAUGGUGUAUUUGGCUUCAAAAAAGCGUAUCAGCACUACUACACCGAGGCGAGUAUAUCGAUGGUUCUUAUUUAUUCAUACAAUCUCUUAUAUCCUCGGUGUUGGCGGCUACAUUCUAAUGAUGUUAACAUUUUUUCAAGUGAAUCUUCUGUUCUUACUGCCUACAAAAAUUGCAAUGGAUAUAGCCAUGCUGGCUUUAUUCUACGGUCUUUAUUAUGGCGUGAUUGCAAGAGAUUUUGCUGAAGUAUGUACAGAUAAAAUGGCUGCAAAAAUAGCAUAUCGAGUACCACAUGGUAUGCCAGUUCGACGAAUUGAUCCAUCUAUAUGCUCAAUAUGUACAAAUGAUUUAACAACAGAUAGUGGAGAAAAAGUUCAUCGACUCAAUUGUACUCAUGUCUUCCAUGAUUUUUGUAUACGAGGUUGGUGUAUCAUCGGGAAGAAAGAUACAUGUCCAUAUUGUAAUGAGAAGGUGAACCUAAAGCAAACAUUUACGAAUCCAUGGGAUAAACCGCAUAUUUUAUACGGGAAUCUAUUGGAUUGGGUUCGUUAUCUAGUUGCUUGGCAACCUGUGAUAUUAGGCUUUGUUCAACUUGUGAACACUGCUCUAGGUUUACAAUGAAGAAAAAGCAGAAGAAGAAGGUGGAGGAGGUGGCGAAGAGUCAGCUGCAUCAAUCACAAUCAUAAGAAGAACAAACUAACUAGUCUGGUACACCAGUGCGUGUGUCUGUCGGUCUGUCUGUCUGUCUGUGUGUGUGUGUGUGUGUGUAUAGUCAUAUUUCUCGCGAAUGCACUUUGUCCAAUUACUCUACCUACCUACCUAUCUAAUUAAUCCAUCCAGGGUAUUCUAGAUGAUUAUUACUCACAAUGUAUUUAUAAUUUAUGAAUAAUAUAAGCAGGAAUAUAAGG